AGACCGAUGGGGGCCGGCGGAGCGGAAACCCAUCCUGCAGCGCAGCCGCCCGCUGCAAUCCCAGCUGCCUGACACCUGCGGCGACGGCGACUGAGUGGGGCCAGCGAGAAGCAGUGGGCUUUGGUGCGCUGGGGUGGCGUUGGUGCACAGCCGAAGGUGCCCCAGAGACCCGGCAUCCCGCAAGCAGCGCACGGCAGUGCUCGGAUCCGCUUGGAAGAACAGUAAGCUGCAACCGCCACUAGGCCACCAAGAUGGUGCCGUCCAAAUUGCAUGUCCUUGUCUGCCUCUGCAGCUGCCUUGUGCUGGUCUAUCCUUUUGAAUGGCAAGACCUCAAUCCUGCUUCCUAUAUUGCCUCAUCAGUGGAUAACCUGCAAGGUUUGAUGGCCUCUUUAAACCACAAUAAAAUUCCCAGGGGAAAAGGAGAUUAUCCUGUGGGUUGUGCAGACUUGAUGUUCGACCACACUAACAAGGGCAGCUUCUUGCGUCUGUACUAUCCAUCCCAAGACGAGGACCGUGGGGAUGCUCUUUGGAUCCCGAACAAAGAAUACUUUAAGGGGAUUAGUAAAUUUCUGGGAACACACGAUUUGAUGGCCAAGGUUUUGGACAUAAUCUUUGGUUCCGUGACAAUUCCAGCAAAGUUGAAUGCCCCUCUGAGGACUGGUGAAAAGUACCCCCUUGUUGUUUUCUCUUCUGGUCUCGCCACCUUCAGGACAAUUUAUUCCGCUGUCGCCAUUGACCUGGCAUCUCACGGACUCGUAGUUGCUGUUGUGGAACACAGAGAUGAAUCUGCAUCAGCAACAUACUAUUUCAAGGACGAGUCUGCUGCAGCCGAAGGGGACAAGUCUUGGCUCUAUAUUAGAACCAUCAACAGCAGCGAGGAUGACGCAGCUAUACGGAACAACCAGGUGCGGCAGAGAGCGAAGGAAUGCUCUCAAGCUCUCGAUUUGAUUCUUGACCUUGAGAAUGGAAAACCAGUGGAGAACGCCAUCGAUUCAGAGUUUGAUUUCAAACAACUGAAGGGCUCCAUCGAUAGGAAUAAAAUAGCGAUAAUGGGGCAUUCUUUUGGUGGAGCUACAGUCAUUCAGACUCUGGGUGAAGACCAGAGAUUCAGAUGCGGCAUCGCCUUGGAUGCCUGGAUGUUUCCACUGGGCGAUGAAGUAUACUCCAGAAUUCCUCAGCCCCUCUUUUUAAUCAACUCAGAAAAAUUCCAAUCUCCUGAGAGUAUCACAAAAAUGAAAAAAUUAUUCUUACCUGAUAGAGAAAGAAAAAUGAUUACCAUCAAGGGUACGGUCCAUCAGAAUUUCGAUGACCUCACUUUCGUCGUUGGCAAGGUCCUGGGGAAAAUCCUCCAAUUAAAAGGAGAUAUAGAUUCGAAUGUCGCUCUUGAUCUUAACAACAAAGCCUCCCUAGCAUUCUUACAAAAGCAUUUAGGACUUCAGAAAGAUUUUGACCAGUGGGACCACUUGAUUGAAGGGGAAGAUGAAAAUCUUAUUCCUGGGACCAACGUUAACGUAGCCAACCAACAGGACACAUAAGUCUACAGCCACAGGAAACUAGAAUUCAGAGCACUUUCCACAAAUGUCAUGUUUUAAAACUAUCUAAAAGUUUUAAGACUGUCUAAUAAAUGUAUGCAUAUA